UAAGACGCCGUUUCACAAACUCACAAGAACUUGACAUAAAUUUUCAGAACAACAAGAGGGAGGAACAAAAAACAAUGGUUGUAUUACCUCUUUUGUUCCUGUUGGGGGUGCUGUGUCGCUGUGGUCAUGUAGAGGCCCAGUCCAGCACCACUGAAAUGCUGAAACAAGCUGCACUCCAGUUGAAGGAAACUCUGACCUGUGACAAGUGGGACUGCAACUGUACUUUCAAUCGCCAGCGUGGCUGCUGCUGUGCAGCCCCAGAGAUGUACCAAAUAGAGGAGGACACCUUUAUCAGGAUGACAUAUUUGUGGAAUGAUAUCAGCACACUGAAUGACAAAGUACAGGCACUCACAGCUAGCAUGAAGUUUUCCUUCAAAGCCACCAUGGACUCAAAUAUUGCCGUCGUAAUUCCUGGAUCUACUGAACAUUGCUUCGGUCCUUUCAAUACUAAUGUGCCAAUCCCCUACUCCAUCGUCUCUCUUAAUGAUGGAUAUGUCUAUAACCCUUCCUUAGGUGUCUUCACUGCCACUCGUGCGGGAGUUUAUGUCUUUUCCUUUACAGCCUACUCAUCUGUGGAAGCAAAUGGGCGCCUCUACCAUAAAGUCCAGCUGGUAAAGAACGGGAAGCCGAUAAGCGGCGUGUGGGAGAACAAUCGAGAAGACGGUGAAGACAGUGCCAGUCAGGUUGUGAUGCUGGAGAUGAUGAGAGGCGAUCAGGUCUACACAGAGCUGAUAUCUGGCAGGAAGCUCUGUAAACAUCUUGAGUUCAACGUCUUUAGUGGUUACAUGAUGUACCCCUCUAAUGAUGAGUAACACACCAUUAGAUAUCAGGGCUACUUAAAAUUUCUCACUCCAGGACCUUAAAUGAAUCUAUUUAUCCUCGUUCAACUAAACUCCUGAUCCAUGAAGACACACUAGUGUGUUUUGUCAUAUUUUGACCCACCAGAAGUGUUGUGGGACACGCCCCAUAGUAACAACUCCUGCUGUAGAGACAAACAAGAUGCUUGAGUUUGCAGGCAUUUAUGAUCAAACAUAUUUAUGCAUAGCAUGAGUACAGAAAGUCACAUGUUUGGAAGUAUUUGCAUCAUUAGAAAAUAUAUGGGUACGCUUAUAAAUGCAUUACCACACUUAAUGACUGCUGUCUGUGUACAGAGAAAGUGUG